ACGAGCAGCGAUUACUUGUUAGUAGCCCAGCAACAGGAGCCUAAGUGGAAAAAGCUGCUGCAGCACGAGCGUGACCAGAAGGUACGAAUAGAGAAGAUGGUGGAACAGUUAGCUAGGCAACAUUCCCACCUGGAGGAAGCCGCGCAACACGCGAUUCCUUCAGCGACACCUGCAGGAGGACACAGACCUUCACAUCCCGCGGUAGCGACAUCGCCGUCGGAGGAUGAAGAGGACAACGCCGAGUUCUACGACGCCCAGGAAUCUGACACUUUCACGCUAACCAUACCCCACGCCACGAGCAAUUCCCACGCGAGAGAUCGUACCGAUUCCCAGGGUAGCGACGAUGGCUCCAGCUCGGAAGGUGAUCAGACGCCCCUGCCUGUCUCCGAUUCCACGGGCGCAGACUCGUUUCUCAUUGUGACCGAUUCCACAGCGGCGCAGACUCCCUCACCUGUCACGGUCACGGACGACCUGGAUAACACUUGGCGAUCCAAUAAUGGCGGCAACAGCACCGGGAUGACCACCAAACGGAAGCGAAGGACCAGGGUACCUGACAAACCAAACUAUCCCUUGAACCUAUGGAGUAUAAUGAAAAACUGCAUUGGCAAAGAUCUGUCAAAAAUUCCCAUGCCAGUUAACUUCUCUGAGCCACUAAGUAUGCUUCAACGACUAACGGAAGACUACGAAUACGCGGAUAUUCUCGAUAGGGCUGCGGAAUGUACAGAUAGUUACGAACAGAUGGCUUAUGUAGCCGCAUUCACUGUGUCUAGUUACGCUUCAACCUCCGCGAGAACGGGAAAACCUUUCAAUCCCCUUUUGGGCGAAACUUACGAAUGCGAUCGUACGGAUGAUCUUGGAUGGCGCGCGAUUUCGGAACAAGUGUCUCAUCAUCCGCCUAUGGUAGCUCAACAUUGCGAAGGAAAAAAAUGGCGAUGUUGGCAAGAGUUUACAAUGGCUUCUAAAUUUCGUGGAAAGUAUCUGCAGGUGAUUCCUUUGGGUACUGCUCAUCUAGAAUUUAACAGUGGUCAACAACAUUACACAUGGCGUAAAGUUACUACUACAGUACAUAAUAUUAUAGUUGGAAGAUUAUGGGUCGAUCAGAGCGGUGAUAUGGAUAUUGUAAAUCAUAAGGAAGGUAUCAAGUGCCAUUUGAAGUACAUACCUUACUCGUACUUUUCGCGAGACAGUCAGCGCAAGGUGAAAGGCGUAGUUAUGAAUUCCAACAAGGAGGUCAAAUGGGUAGUGCAGGGUACAUGGGAUUCGAAGAUAGAAAUUGCACCAGUAAUUAGCACAUCUGGCACACCCGAUAAUCCAGUCUAUAAGACAGGUCCUUACAUAUUAGCUUGGAAACGACGUAUGCCUACUGAAGACUGUGAAAAAUAUUAUUCAUUCACGGAACUAGCGUGUCAAUUGAACGAACCAGAAGAAGGUGUAGCUCCGACUGAUUCUCGAUUAAGGCCUGAUCAGCGGUUAAUGGAGGAUGGACGGUGGGACGAAGCCAACGCAGAAAAAUUGCGUUUAGAGGAAAAACAAAGGGCUGCUAGACGGGCUCGAGAGCACGACACCGAAAAGGCCGCUGCACAAGGAUUACCUUACGAGGCAUACGAACCGCUAUGGUUUAAGAAGAAGCAGGAUCCAUACACGGACAGCCGUUGUUACGUUUAUAAUGGCGAGUAUUGGGAACAUAAGAGCAGAGGUGACUGGUCGCGAUGUCCAAACAUAUUUUAGUUUGUUAUAUAGAUAGAUUCAAUUAUACGAUGAGACUUCGUCACAUACACAUGCAGGGCGUGAAGAAGUUUUAAAUCGUUUAAAAGUGACGGUAGCCGAGAUUUAGAAGUCUCGACUGCUCGUGGUCGAGACUUAAAUGCUUAUGAAAUAACGUUGACGUGAUAAUGGGGUUGUUAGGGGGAUAUGGUUUAGUAAUUAAUUCUUCCAGUGAAAUGGACGAACUAGUUGGCAACUGACAUAUACGGUAUGCAAUUUAUACGCGUAUGUCAUCGCCUUUUCUAAUUCUUUAAUUUUUCUACCUCUCUCCCUUUCUUUCCUCUUUUUCUUCCUUUUUUUGCCUCAAGUAAUGAAACUAAUAUUAUGAAAUUAAUCCAACAUGAUGUUUGAUAUACGCUUGAGUGCUAUAUUUUAAUAUUAUGUGCUAAAUUAAUGAAUAGCCAAUUUUGAAUUUUUCAAUUCAAUUAAGUACGUUUUAUUAUAUUAGUAUGUAUGAAUUCAUAAAACUCGUCGAGCAAGUCGAAUAAAUUUCGAAUAUUUCAUUAAUUUAGCCUAAAACUAAAAUAGCAAUAAGAUUGUCAAGAAAAAGGAUAAAAAAGUUGCUUGGAGAGAAAACUUCAGUUUUUUUAGGUUCUACAUUUUAAUAUAUUCAGUAUUCUCGACUUAUUUUUAGACAAAUGUGAAUUUAAUUUAUGUAAUUUUCUAGAAAUUAACCUGAACUUUAUUUUUAUCGAAAUCAAAUAUCGAAACCAUAUAUAUAUAUAUAUAUAUAUAUAUACACACGAAAAUGUAUAUAUUGUAUUACUUUUAAUCGGUCCGUUGAAAGUAUCCGUAUUGAUGCAGAAAGAAGUGCAAUGAGGAAUAGAAUCGACAUUCGAAUUGAUACAGAAUGCGACAUUUAUUUUACAUACGAAUUAUUUCUAUAAAAUCAGAAAUAAAGAACAUCUUCAUAUAUUAAAAAACGAAUUUAAACGCAUCAGUAUCUGUAAUUUGUUUUACAACUUUUUCCUCAUUGCACACUUUUAAUCCGAUGCUGUAAUAAAAAAGUCCAAGAAAUAUUCCAAGUGAAAAUAAAGCCUGACGGUUUGGUACGAAUUUAAGGAACAGUACAUCUACAUACGUUCAAAGAUUUAUUCAGUGAUUUUGGAUACACCCGCGCGCAAUGUGAUCGAUAUUUUACACGUAAUAUAAAUACCGAUGAUGCUUCCAAGUUUGGCCAACAUUGUUCUCGCAAGAAGAAAGAAGGAGAAACGAAAAAAGAAACCAUGCCAUUUCACGUCUGCACAGAUUUCAAGCACGCUAGAUACGCUCCGAAUACUUUUGUCGAGCUAUAACGCUGAGGUAUGCGACGGCGUUAUCACCGAAAUGGAACAAGAGCAAAUACUUGAGGCGCAAUUGAAAGGCUCCUAAGUGCCGCUCCGCCCGAUUGAGAAAAGUCGGGUCCUCGAGCGUAACGAUCAUUUCUUUCUCGAAAUUAUCGCUGUAGUAUAGAAACACGUGUGCACUCAUAGGCGUGUGCGACCGAUUUAUAGCGAAUAAUUCGUACGUACGUAUGUAUGUAUGUGUUUGUAUGUAUGUAUGCCGAUAUGUACAUAUAACAGUUAAUUGAUGAAACUUAUUGUAUAUCCCUCUUACUUAUGAGCACAUAGGCUGUUUCAUUCGCGACAGAUCAUUAUCAGGUACACGGCUACCUGUUCGAUAAAGCCGAACGGAACGGCUAGCUUGCAGCCAACGUCUACAAUGAUCAUUACGCUAAGUCCUCUGGCUGUAUUACAAUUUUAAUAGUUUAUAAUAAUUGAAAUGAUUAUAUAUAUUAUACACACACCUGUAUACAUAUAAAUACAAAAAUUAAUUAUAAAAAUAAAUAAUUUAACAAAAUGCGACGAGAGUGAGUGUGUUUGUGUGCGUGCAUGUGUGUUUUAAGAGAGAGUAGUGAAGUUGGAUCACUAGCGCUUGUACAUUAGCAGAUUCGUGUGGGGAGAGAGAAAAAAAAUACAAAUAUGCUUCGCUACAAA